GACGAUUCUUUCAUAAAAAAACAUAGAGCUUAGCAGCAGCCAUUAGAGGAAGAAGAAACAAAAAUGGCGUCGUUUUUGCAAUCAUUCCUGGAUCCAAGAAAGAACUGGCUUGCUAAAGUGCACAUGAAAACCAUCUCCAAUCGCCUUCGCAGAUACGGUCUGCGAUAUGACGAUCUUUAUGAUCCGUAUUAUGAUAUGGAUAUUAAGGAAGCUCUGAAUCGGCUACCGAAAGAGAUAGUGGAUGCCCGUAUUCAGCGACUCAAGCGUGCCAUGGACCUCUCCAUGAAGCACGAGUACCUUCGCGAGGAUCUUCAGGCGAUGCAAACACCAUUUAGGAGCUACCUCAAAGAUAUGCUGGCUCUUGUGAAGAGGGAGAGAGCAGAACGUGAGGCUUUGGGAGCUUUGCCUCUGUAUCAGCGCACCUUUCCUUGAGCUGCAUAACGUCCCUAUGUAGUUUUUUUAUGGGAGUGAAUGAAUUUCAUAUUGAAAAUUCACUUGUCCACCGAAUGAAGAUGGAUUGUUAUGUCUUUGCCUUAUAUGUUUGUUUUUGCCAAUCAUUUGUCCUCGAGGUUGAACUGUAUCUAGUACUUGUCGAUCUUGUGCUGAAAUUUUCCAAUAAUCAAACAGAUACAACUGUUUUAACUUCUCGAUAAUCAUGCAGAUUUUACUGUUUUAUAGGAUA